AUGAAGGACCAAGUGGACGUGUGUGAUUUUUGCCUAUUGCGUAACUCAUACGAGGUUGGGGGCCGCAUCGUGGAUGGUAACAGUCUUGGCGUCAGCUGCGACGACGGGCCGUUCCUCUUUCUCUUCCAUUAUGUAUUUUGCCACACAACUUGUUUCUUCCAUGUAAAGCCGGCCAACAUCAUACCCCCUCCUUCUCUUCCUCUCCUCCCCCCUCCCCCUCCCCUCCGCCCAGCCAAGAAAUCGACCGCCGCGGAACCCAACUUUCACCGGGACUUCUCCUCCGCGAAGCCUUGCUCCGGGCCAGUUCUUCUUUUUGGCCCAUUCCCCACUCGUUCAUCUCAUCUCGUCUCAUCUCAUCCCAAUGUCUCUCGUGUCCUACCUUUACCCCUCCUGCCCUUUGAUCCUCCCGAAACGAGCAAGCUCUUUGAACCCUUCAGAAGCUGCUGUCAAGGGCCGACGGAGGCAAUGUUUGAGAUUGAGGUGAGGACAAACGGCACGGAGUACACGCCAUCGAUCAGGCUGCAGCCUGUUGCUCGUUUACCUAUCUUGGCCUACUGCGCCACCGGAACUCCUCUGUGUCGCACAUCUCAGCCUGAUUCUAACUCUGUUAUCCGGUACCUGGAGGUGUACAUCACAGUCAAAGAAAGACGCAUGAAAAGAACGUCAAAUAUACGUCUUGAAUUUUCUAUCUACACGGCAAACGUUUGUGCGGGAGCUGAUCUCGAGUCUAGUGAUUAUGCCGCGUACCAAGCUCUUUCUUUCCCUCUCUGGUCUUUUUCCAUCCUCUCGAAGAAAAAUCAGCCGUCAUGCUUUAAAGCUCUCUGA